AUGCAGCAACACAAUCCAGUUACCUACAAUUCUUUCGUUUAUUGCCUCCCAUACAGAAAACACCGAACCAAAUGUUUUCUAUCGUUCUUCCUUCUUAGAGUUUUCUUUCUUUCUAAAUUUCCAUUUUAUUUUCUUUUAUUUUCUCCUUUCAUUGUCUCUUUGAAUCCACUUUUUCCAAGGCCUACGGAGGCCGUUACUAGUCCUCCAAUAACGAUUGGCACGGCUGCCACAUCAUGUCUCAAAUUUUGCGGGCAGAAGGGCAAAUUUCUCACGUUUUUCCGUCGCCGAGGAAAUUUCGUCUGUUCCGAGCUGCAAUUUAGAGACCAAUUAAUCACACUGGUGUUACAGAAAGUUCCCGAAUUGCCCGGAAAGCAUCUAUGCAGAGCGAAGGCAUUGGCAAGUUGUCACCGUUCGCGUGCAGUCUGCGAAACACGAUUGAUAUUUAGCAGGUUAUGCCGGAGGAACGCAGUCUCCUUUUCUAUCUGUCCCCGUCUCUACCGCCCCGGACACGAUGAAAUCUUUUGUUUUUCUUUCUCCAAUCCCUUUAACUUCCGCCUCUUUUCUCUUCCCUUACUUUUCCAAUGUGUUUUAUCAUUCUUUUCUCUCGGUGACAGCAAGAUAACAAAGCAAGUACCCGAGCACGCAAACCCGCAUCAUCGAACUGGGGACUCUGUCCACCCUACCCCGCAACGUCUAUCUAUCUAUCUAUCUAUCUAUCUAUCUAUCUAUCUAUCUAUCUAUCUAUCGCAGCAUGUUCAUAUCUAUCUAUCUAUCUAUUUCAGUCUCUUUAUAUCUAUCUAUCUAUCUCUUCCGGACAUAGUUAGCAAAAGGUUGCUGACCAUCUAUCUAUCUAUCUAUCUAUCUAUCUAUAUUUCUGAGAUGAGUCCGAAUAAUGUAAAUAAUCUAUCUAUCUAUCUAUCUAUCUAUCUAUCUAUCUAUCUAUCUAUCUAUCUAAAUUCUUUUGGCAUCUAUCUAUCUAUCUAUCUAUCUAUCUAUCUAUCUAUCUAUCUAUACAAAUCUGUUCAUAUCUAUAUGUCUACCUUCUUUCGUUUUUCUAUUUCAUCUUUUUCAGUCUCUCGCUAUUUACUAGCUUUUUUUUCCUUCUUUUUACUCUUUCGUUUUUUCCAUUUCGUCUUCUUCAGUCUCUCGCUAUUUCCUAAUUUUUUUUGUGUUUCCUUUUAUACAUUCGUUUUUCUAUUUCGUCUUUUUCAGUCUCUCGCUUUUUUUCUAUCUUUUUUUAAUUUUCGUUUUUCUUUUCACUCUUUCGUUUUUCAAUUUCGUCUUUUCCUCUGCUUCAUUCGUUGUCGGUCAGGGAUUUUUACCCUAUUUUCUUUACCCUUUUGGAACUUCGUUCCACUUUUUCACACCUUGUCGACAAGCACUCGCAAAACAAGUUUUUUUUCCUUUUUAUAUUUGUCUUGCUUCUUUUAUCGUCUUUCUUUCUUUUUUUUACUUUCUUUUUCUUUCUUUCUUUUUUACUUUCUUUUUCGGUCUUUCUUUCUUUCUUUUUCGGUCUUUCUUUCUUUCUUUCUUUCUUUCUUUCUUAUUCGGCCUUUCUUUCUUUCUUUCUUUCUUUCUUUCUUUCUUUCUUUCUUUCUUGCAGACUGGUUGUCAACCAAGGCUAAUGAGCCCAGUCAUAUUAUUUACCAACUAUAA